UUGUUGGGUAACAGUCGCGCCGCUGACGCAGUUUGUUGUUGGUCUCUGGCUCCACGACAUGGCGGCGCGCUGGAGCAGCGAGAAUGUGGUGGUGGAGGUUAGGGACUCGCAGGCAACUGCAAUGUCUGUGAACUGCCAUGGUCAACUUGCGGUGCUCUCAGGGCGCCGCUUCUUAUAUGUUAUAAAUUUAGAUGCUCCUUCAGAAGUACCAAAAAAGAUUGCAAGGCAGAGUAAGUGGGACAUUGGGGCUGUGCAGUGGAACCCACAUGAGACCUCCUCUCAUUACUUUGCAGCUUCAUGUAACCAACGGGUGGACCUAUACAAAUGGCUUGAUGGAAAUGGCGAGAUCCACACUUCACUGCAGGGUCAUACCCGUGUUAUAAGUGAUUUGGAGUGGUCAUGGUUUGAACCCGAGUUGCUUGUUACAAGUUCUGUUGACACCUACAUCUACAUUUGGGAUGUCAAAGAUACACGAAAACCAUCGGUAUCAUUGUCAGCUGUAGCUGGAGCCUCUCAGGUGAAAUGGAACAAGAAAAACCCUUAUUGCUUGGCAACUAGUCAUGAUGGAGAUGUCCGAAUCUGGGACAAACGGAAACCUAACACAGCGGUAGAAUAUAUAGCUGCUCACUUGUCAAAAAUCCAUGGGCUGGACUGGCACCCAGAAAAUGAACACAUCUUUGCUACAUCAAGCCAAGACAAUUCGGUCAGGUUCUGGGAUUACCGCCAACCGCGGAAGUAUCUAAACAUCCUCUCUUGUCAAGUGCCAGUGUGGAAGGCGCGGUACACGCCUUUCACCAAUGGCUUGGUAACAGUGAUGGUCCCACAAUUACGUCGUGGUGAGAACAGCCUUCUGCUCUGGAACAUAUUAGAUUUAAAUGUUCCAGUCCAUACCUUUGUUGGACACGAUGAUGUAGUACUAGAAUUUCAGUGGCGUAAACAGGUGGAAGAUGUGAAGGACUAUCAGUUGGUUACCUGGUCACGUGACCAGACUCUGAGGAUGUGGCGAAUUGACAUGCAGUUACACAAGCUCUGUGCAAAUGACAUGAUUAAUUCCGAAUUGGAUUUUUCCAUUCUGUGCUUGUUAGCUUAUAAACAUUGCCUGCACUACAGUAACUCUCCAUAUCCCUUUUCUUAAGCACUGAGGGAAGAUUUUCAUAAUCAUGCAACCAUCAGUUCUAAACCAGAUUAUCUUGGGCUACCGCAGACAUUGCAACAAGAAUUCUCCUUGGUUAACCUGCAAAUCCGCAAUGUGAUGGUAGAUGAGAUGGAUGCUAUAAAUCGCAACUGCACAGUCUCAGUGCAUUGUGGUAAUCUACGAGUGAAGAUGGUUGUGAUUUUUCCAGUACAGUACCCGAACAAUGCUGCCCCUUCCUUCCAGUUCAUUAAUCCCACCACCAUCAGUUCCAGCAUGAGGACUAAACUCCUUAAGAUUCUGAAGGACACAUCCAUUCAGAAAGUAAAGCGAAAUCAGAGCUGCCUGGAACCCUGCCUACGCCAGCUGGUGUCUAGCCUGGAAGGCAUUGUGAAUCAGGACAACAAUGGCUCUGCUAACUCUCAGAAUCCAUUUGUCCUCGGAAACUCUGUGACGCCACCACUGCCAACUUUCCCAAGAGUCACUAACACGUACGGUUCCUACCAAGAUGCAAACAUUCCUUUUCCUCGCACUUCUGGAGCACGCUUCUGUGGAGCUGGUUAUCUUGUGUACUUCAUGAGACCAAUGACUCUUCAUCGAACAGUGUCUCCAACAGAACCCACACCCAGGUCACUCUCAGCACUCUCCGCAUAUCACAGUGGAGGAAUCACCCCAAUGAAGAUCCGAACAGAAUCGCAGAGUAAUUUGAGGUUGUAUAGUGGGAGUCCAACUCGCAGCGAGAAGGAGCUGGUGUCCAUUAGUUCCUUCUAUUACAAGGAGCGAAUGUCUCCUAUCUCCAACCGUCGACGCUGGUCCAUUCAAGCCAUUAAUGAGUUCCCGAAAUCACGUCGAUGGAAAGGAAAGCGAGAAGGAACCGAUGCAAACAAUCGUCCAAUCAAAGCUGCAGGGAAAGUCAUCAUCCAGGACAUCUCCUGUCUUUUGCCAGUACACAAGUCACUGGGGGAAUUAUACAUACUGAAUGUGAAUGACAUCCAAGAUACUUGUCAGAAGAAUGCGGCUGCAGCUUUAUCAGUUGGACGCAGAGACCUUGUUCAGGUGUGGUCUUUGGCUGCUGUUGCGACAGACUCCUUUCUCAAUCCACAUCCGGAUCCUGACAUAGAGACACCGUGGGCACGGCAUCCAUUUGGCAGGCAGCUCCUUGAGUCGCUUCUGACCCAUUACAGCACAAUACAUGAUGUUCAGACUCUAGCAAUGCUAUGCAGUGUGUUUGAGGCCCAAUCCAGGCCUCCGGACUGCUAUGGCAGCAUGGGCGCACAAAUUUACCAGCGCAAUUCUAUCUCUACUCCUUUUCUACAUUGUUCAGGCUAUGCUUCUUCAGGUUCCUAUUCAAGCACAUCUGAAACUAUUGUCGGAUCCACUGGAUGGAACAUAGCUGGUCGGGAAUCAGAACACCUCAGUUCUUGGUGCUAUGAGUCGCCAGAUGACUAUCGUUAUGGAAACCAUAUCUACGCUGAUCCAAAAGAGCGGGAGAAGGAGCAACAUGAAAAGAACAAAAAGCUACUCGAUCCAGCCAACAUACUACAAUAUGAUGAUUUUAAGAAAUGUUAUGGGGAGAUACUGUACCGCUGGGGUUUGCGAGAGAAACGAGCAGAGGUGCUAAAGUUCGUCUCUUGCCCUCCAGACUCUCAUAAGGGAAUAGAAUUUGGAGUGUACUGCUGUCACUGCCGGAGUGAGGGUCGAGGAACACAGUGUGAUAUUUGCAAAGGCUUCACUUUUCAAUGUGCCAUCUGCCAUGUUGCUGUCCGAGGGUCUGCGAACUUCUGUCUUACCUGUGGGCAUGGUGGCCAUACUAGUCACAUGAUGGAGUGGUUCCGGACCCAGGAAGUGUGCCCCACAGGCUGUGGCUGCCAUUGCUUGCUCGAGAGCACAUUUUGAAAACAGCCGCCACUAUUAGUAGAAGAUGACUUGGAUGGCAUGCCAAAAUAUUCCAUCUUUUGCUCAUCAUCGAAGCUGUGACUGUCAGUUGAAGCGAGAUAUGCAGAUGUCAAUCAGAGGGAAACUUUGUGUAGUUUCAUUGGUCGAGAUGCCAGGGCAAAGUUUUCAGCAUUUCAAAUCUUCUGGUCUCCUUUCAGCGGGUGAGGUGGUGUGGAUUGCACAUGGGUCUCACAACAAUGAAUGGUUAAAUUCAAAACCAAAACUUAUUUAUAAAAACAUUUUCUUAAAGGGACAUGAAAUAAAGUGUGUAUUUGUUUCAUUGCUGGUAAUGGUCACUGUGCAAUAGAUUAUGCACAGUAACAUGAAAAAUAAUGUGCAGCAAAUGCAACUCCAGAAGUGAAAUGAUGUCAAUGGAGUAGACCCAGUUCUACAGAAGUAUUAACUGGAGUGGCUUCUGUAAAUAGUUUCUCAUUCUCUGUUGUUGAUCUGUUUCCAUAUUGUUUGAGAGCGUUUGAUAAAUUUCAUAAGUUCAAGAGGAAUAAUUACAUUGACCAGUGAUGACAAGUGCUGCCUUCAUUCCUAGAAGCUAAAUAAAAAUCUUGGCAUCUGCACUUGCUCGAAAUAUCCUAAUAACGAGUUUGUGCAGUGUUGUUUGUCAAAUGGAUAUAAGACCGAGAAUUCAACUUCCUUGAAUUUGGCACUAAUUUGAGAAUGUCACUCAAUAUGUUGCAGAGCAGAUGUGGAAAAUUGGGAAACCAUCACUUUUAUAUGGGAAUGCACAGAUACAGAAUGUGCCAGAAUAGAGGGAGUUUUACUAAUUGUGCAAUACAUAGUACUAACACUUGAGGGACUAAUUCUUGAAGUCUGUAAUUAUGAAGUAUAGGAGGGCAAUUCAUGAACAGAUUGAUGCUAUGCCAUGUUUUACUGCCUUUACUGUAAUCUUAAGAGCAUUUCCAACAAAGCUUGCAGAUUUGUCAGAGAUGAUGAAUUAUCUGUCAAUUGUGGGGUUAUAGUGAAUAAAAAGAUUUUAACAUAGAUUGAUCCAUGAUGUAGGCAGGCAAUGAAUGUUUACCAGAUCUGUUUACCAUUGUUAUUGGGAUAGGAUCUACUGAUUUGUGUAAGUAAUCCAUUGUUAAUAUUUUGGUUUUCACUGGGCACGUUAACAUUAGAUAGGAACAUGUAACCAUUGCUAAGAUUGUUUUCUCCAAUGCGAGUACUUUGUCUGCAGAAGCAGUGAAUCUUAAAGGAGAAGCAGUUUUCAAUGUAUCCUCAGUUGCCGUUUAAUAUUGUCACCCGGUGUAUAUAUAGACUCUUGUCCUUCUAGGAAGUGCUCUCAGCAGAUUUAUCGGAGUGUGUCAUCAGAUUAUCAGCAAGUUUAAGGAAUGCUGGAGCUAAAUUCCAUUCACUAGUAUUGACGAUAAACUAAAAUAGUAAGUUCUUCACAAUUUAAUUUACAAAACUCGCUCCAUUCUCCUUGGUCUAUCGGUGGUACUUGUGUUAAAGACAGAACUAAUAACUGAAUCCGAAUGCCCUAAUUGUGGCAUUUUAAUAUUAUUUGGCCAUGUUAACUUUAAAUUUACAUGAAUCUAUUGUUUACUUUUCUGAACAAUUCGCCACCUGCUUCCUAUCUGUGUUUGAAUAACUACUGCCCAGAAUUGAAACCCAAUAUCGUAUGAAGCAAAUUGCUUGUUCUGCUGUUCAUUAAAAUUGCCAGUUUUUCUACCAUGUACUAAUCCAGAUAGUAAAUACUGAUCCAGUGCCACCCCACCCCUACCUCCCAUUUCCUUGCCACUGCUUGCCUCUUUCCCAGUUUCAUGCCCAGUGCCUUCUGUGCCUCAUCGCUUAGGUCUCUGUCAAUGUUUUUUUUGUGGCAUCCGGUAAACAAGUUUUUUUUUUUUUUUUUUAAAUAAUUAGAUUUUUUGUGUGCUUUAUUUCUGGGAGAUUGAGUUAAGUUCUGCCAGACAGCAGAUUGUGCAAAUCCGUAAUUAUCCAUGACACAGAGGAUGGAUCCAUAUAAAUGCUAACAGUUGUAUCUAAGACGUUGCUUGCACAUAAUCCAUUAGUUGACAACUGAGAACUGAAGCCGUUGCUGGUUUUGCAUCAAUUGUUAAACAAAAAUAAUUCCUUGGGCAGGAAGUGGAGGCAGGUCUGGUUUAAUUAGAGGAGAAAUGUUCAAUAUAAAGGGUAACAUUAGGGUGCCGUAGCGGCACCUAAUGGUGGCCUGGGGAAGUGCGCACCCUUGUUAUUGGCUAGCGCCAUUGCGUGAUCGCGGGUUUGUUUUCGCGGGCUUUUCUCUUUAGUCUACAGCGCUCCUCCCAAGUAGCAGGAGCUUAUAUAUAUAUUUGGCUGAUCCAGCACGCGGUUUUCAAGUAUUCUAUUUGUUUGUUACUUCCAAAUAAAAACUGUUUUACUCAA